AUGUAUGGUUGGAACUGGGUGGAACAUGGAACACCCAAUAGAGAUGUAACACUAGUAGGUUCACCAAGUCCAAGCUUUGAAGACAAUCAAUUAUUUUUCAUUGGUUCUAAUGGAAAAGUAUACCUCAGAUACAAGGACAAAAAGUCAUGGAAGUGGAAGGACUGUGGUUUCCCCCAUGUGGGAAAUAAACUGGUUGAAGCACAUUCAAAAGGAGGAUUCCAAGAAGAGAAAGUAGAUUGCACUGAUAAAGAUUCUGCAUCAUACUUGAAGAAGGGCCAAACAAACUUUGCUGACCUGAACAUUAGAUGUGACUCAAAGGUGGCAUCUACAAGACCAAUUCAAUUUUCCAAAGGUUCUGUCAUAUUUCAGCUCAGAGAUGGCAGGUUGGCAGAAAUGCAAUUGAUAGAGAAGAGAGAAUGGGUGUGGUCCCAGAUCAUUGGCACUCCAGCUAGUCUUUGCUCAGAGAAUUAUUGGAGUACUGAACCGUACAAACUUUCAUGAAUUUAAUUCAAAUGCAUUAUUGUUGUGAGAAGACCUACACUGUCAUUCAAUUAUGCAUUCUCACAUUAUUUUAAUAAAGAAGAGAUUAUUUUUCACAGCUUCAGUGAUUCAAAACACUCAGUGAUUCAAAACACGAGGAAGUAACAACUAUGUAAUGUUAUUAA